CGUGUGUCACUCCGCUUGUUGUGUGCCGUUCUACAGACCCGUGCUUUCCCGCGCGUGUAACUGUGUGUGUUUGUGUGCGUUUGUGCACACACACGAGUGUUUAUGCACUCGGCAUUUGCACAAUUGUCGCGUGCAAAUAGCUCCCCCCGCCCUCCACCUCCCACUCAAUCACCUUCUCCUCUAAACCCACCACCCUCAACAAUCCCAUCAUCUGCCACCCUACCAACCCUGGUUCGUAGCAGAAUCGUUCCGAAACAUAUCACCGGUCGAUAGUGUGAUUUUUGUGUGUGCGUGUGUGUGACUAUGUGUGAAGUGUGCUGAGUGCAACUUUGAUUUUGAUCCUGGCAAACACACGGUUGACAAUUAAAAACACGGCCCGCAAAAGUGCGCAACCAAAGUGACAGAAGCAACAGCAACAACAACAACCACAACGAAAAGCAAAAAAGAGAACCCCGCAACAACAUUCAACUGUCCGCAACCAACAACAACCACCUACCACCCAUCCAACCUAACCCCUCGUUUUUGACCAAUCAUAAAAACACACAUACGGGCAAAGCGUGCGAUACGUCAUACGCGUGUGUAAUCAACCUUCCCGUUUUGCGUGUGGAGGCGUUCGGCGACGCGCUAUCAUCUCGUUGAUAGCGUCCACUACACAGUGUGUGUGCGUGUGUCAAAGCUUUACGGCAAACACAGCACAGGCCCGGCACUAGAGACGACGACCCCCGGAGAAACAGCGGAACCAGAGACAGAGGACACAGAGUUCUCGGCAUAUACUAUACGGCAAACGGCGCAAAUAACAACCAAGCUCCAAGAUGAUGAUGUUAGCGAAACAACAGAACAAAAGCGCACACACCCUUCGGUGCGUGUGAUUGAUAUCGAGUGAGUGUGAAAGAGAGAAAAUAACACAAGAAAAAGUAGCAAAACGAGAGUUCGCGCACGCGCCUGAAAAAAAAAAAACAAGUGCAUCCGUGCUUGACCGUGUGCGUUUAGUUGUGUGGUGAUGAUGUUGUUUGUGAGAAACAAAAACAAACACGCGGAAAAUUGCUAGUGACACACGAGCAGCGAGAAACAGUUUAGCGGAAAGGAAACAAGAAAACGGUUCCUGCAGCAGCAACCACACAGCACAGCAAAACAGUGAAUUUCAUCAAAGCGGCGAACACACUAUCGGAUAACAACUAUACACAUACAUAAUACGCCUCUCUCCCGCUCCCACUUUAAUCCUUACACUGAUGCACCGCUGGCGCGGACACUGUCGGGCAUCGUUGUAUCGUCGCGUCAUCGUAAGCAGCGAAAGGAGAAGGUUUGUCAGUGUCUUCUCCGUCCGGACGCGAUCAAGAAGGGAAACCACGUGGACGCUUGAGUAAAGGCUGCGCGGUUUUUGUGGAGAGCGAGAGAUACCAGUAGUACUGCUGUGAUCUGGUGUUGGUGUUGUGUGUAUCGUACCCGGAACCAGCAGCGGGACACCAUCCUUUUAGGAUGAGUAGGAGCAGUGGCCGAACGUCGAAAACAUCUAUUUUGCCUUCAACCGUCAGUGCAGCAACAGUGGCAGGAGCGAACAUUGACAGAACGAGUUAAGCUGGCGUCGAAGCAGGGUUGUGUCUCUUAAGUAACAACGCCAACUAACAGACAAGCCACCAGUUAUUCCCAACGUUUUCCCAACACCCUGCAGUUUCGCGUUUGUUUUUGGUUCUUUUCGCAUCGAAACCCAGUUUAGUUUAGAGUGUGAACGUGUGUAUGUGCGCGUAAUCCAUCGCUUCCGACAACACCGGACAAACACCGCGGGCGUCACCCUCGAAACACAAAAGUAAGCAGCGGUAACGGUUGCGGUACAAGAAGACACACUCUCCGUGGCAGGUGUCAGAGAAAACUCUCCCCUUAUGUGCGGAAUUGCUUGGUUCGUUUGCUGAUUUUGGCGAUCGUCGGUUGUCGAGAAAAACGGUAACCAGCAGCGCAGAGGAGCAAGCAGACAGCAAUCAAGUUGUUUGAAGUACCGUGAAGGCAUUCACAAAGUGCUAACAAUCAACUCUUUCGAUCCCGACAACCUUCCCCCUCCUCCACCCCACCACCACCACCACCAGCCAAAACUCUCACACCAUCUGCAUUCCAUCGUUUCACGGGUGUGUGUGCGUGAGUGUACGAUAGCCGCCAGCGUGCGCGUACCGCGUGUCGUGUGUCGGCUAGCAGCAGAGGAAGAUGUCGGAGCACCAUCGCGGUGCUUGGGGUACGCGUGAGGACGCCGUCUGGUGGCCGGGUGGCAUCUCGUCGACGGAACAGCAGACACUGCAGCACCAUCAGCAUCUCAUCAACCAGCACCAUCAACAGCAGCUCGCCCAGCAGCAGGCGGCCCAAUUGCAGCAUCAGGUCGCGGUACAGCAACAGCAGCAACAGCAGCAGCAGAAUCAACAGCAGCAGCAGAACGACAGCGCCCGGAACAACAGCACAACGUCCACAUCCGCUACCCAGCAGCUGUUCUCGUACAAAAUGGCCAACAGCUUUCAGAAUCCGGUCACCACCAUGUCGGGCGUGACGGUGUCCACCUCGAACGCACCAUACGACUACCGGCUCGGCAUGAGCACGGUGGUGGCGCGGCCCGGUGACCCCCCGACCAUGUCCAGCACAGCACCCACCACCCAGUGGUGGUAUCCGGGUGGCCAGAACGCGCUUGACAACUCCCUGCAACAGCAGCAACAGCAGCAACAGCAGCAACAACAGCAGCAACAGCAGCAACAGCAGCAACAACAGCAGCAACAGCAAACUCAACAGCAUCAGAGUCAAACGCAUGUUCAGAACAAUGUAAUUCUGAACAAAAUGGUCACCGGCACCGUUGCUGGUGGUAAGGUUAAAGACAAUAAGCCGAGGGGGCGCAUGACGGCGUACGCGUUUUUCGUGCAAACCUGCCGGGAAGAGCAUAAGAAGAAACAUCCAGAGGAGCAGGUCAUAUUUGCCGAAUUUUCCCGCAAAUGUGCCGAACGAUGGAAGACGAUGUUGGACAAGGAGAAGCAGCGUUUCCACGAGAUGGCUGAGAAGGAUAAGGCUCGGUACGAGCUCGAAAUGCAAAGCUAUGUGCCUCCGAAGGGCGCCGUGGUAGGACGGGGCAAAAAGCGGAAGCAGUUUAAGGAUCCCAACGCACCGAAGCGUUCGCUUUCGGCAUUUUUCUGGUUCUGUCACGAUGAGCGGAACAAGGUUAAGGCGUUGAACCCGGAAUACGGUGUGGGUGACAUCGCGAAGGAGCUUGGCCGAAAGUGGUCCGAUAUGGAUGCGGAAAUAAAGCAGAAGUACGAACAAAUGGCUGAAAAGGACAAGCAAAGAUAUGAACAGGAGAUGACCGAGUAUAAGCUGAAGUGUAAAAAUGAACAAGGUGGCGGCACACCUGGUUUGAACCUGCCGCAACAGUUGCAACAGGCAGGGCUUCAACAUCUCCCGCAGCAUGUGCAGCAGGUGGCCGCCGCCCAGCUACAGGCGCAAGUCGUCCAGGCGCAGCAGGCCGCGGCCGUUGCCGCAGCAGCCGCCGCCGCCGUGCAACAGCAGCACGACGAUGACGACGACGAGGAGGAUGGUGAUGAGGACGAUAAUGAGUAAUGUGUGUCGGCGGGUUAGGCGGCAACACCACACCCAUUCACACACCACCUCACACCUUCCCAGCGCAUCCCCCUUUACAAAGAAAAACUUCAUAUUUUCAUAACCGUCUCUUACUUGCUUCCUCCCGCACAACCAAACAUUAUCAUUUCUUCUAACCCUGUUUCCAAAAUAUAAAGAAAAACACAAAAAACAAUAGCUUUGUCCCGCUCCCUGCAAAUUAGGCACCUUCACAACAUCGAUGCUCAUAAAAACAUAAAAAGUACGAAUGUACUUUAGGCGCAGGCAUUAUUUUUAUUUGUUUUUUUUUAUAUCAUAUGCCACAACCCCAUGAUAAACAACACAAAAAAACAAAUUCCGGAACAGAGCAAACAAACGUAAAAUCGUCUAUAAAUCGAUACAUAUUUUGCACACCUAGGUUAACAGCGGUGAAACUACAACAUACAAGAGAGAAACAGAACACAAAGAGAAAAUUACACUACGUUUGAAAAGGAGCGAACUCUAAUCUAAGUACAACAUAAAUGAAAGGUAGAGAGAGAGAGAGAGCGAUAAAAACAUAUUGGAAGCAAGAAAGGCAAAAAGGAAAGGAAUUAAGUAAGAAGGUUUAGGAAACUGCAUCGUUUAUUAUAAGCAAUUUAUGCUCUAGAGAUUCCCAGUCCUCUGUGUCCCCUCCCCUACCCAGAUGAAAAGACCCUAUAAGCAGACAGGUGUUAUGGGAGGAGGGAAGGAGGAAGGAACACCGCAGAUCAGCAUAGGAUAAAGAGAGCGAAACCCCCCCCCCCCCCCCACACGCGGUGGGGGUGGGUGUCACUGUAAAGAAUUAAAGCAAGCAAAACUGAGGGAAUUAUAUUGGUUUAAAAAAACGUGCGUUGUAUGCGCGCGUGUAAUAGUAGCGCUUUUUUUUUUAAGGAGCCCCACACAAACAGACAGGUUCUUAAAUAUUACAAGCGGUGGUGUAGCACAUUAUUAAGCGCUAGCUCACGGAUAACGAAUUGACACGAUCACAUUCUCAUUUGAUCGCAAAUCUUAUUCGUUUUUCUUUGAAGCUAUCUUGUCGCCCUUUAGAAUGGUAGCCCUUGGAAGAAGAAAGAUACAAAUGGGGUGUAUCCUUUUGUUAAUUUGGUUGUUUUUUUUUUUGAAGCAUGAAAAAAAAACGACUAGUGUCUCUUCUAAGACAUUCUUAGAGCGUUAAUUUUAAGUUAUUUCACAUCGGACUUUUACACCACCAAAACUCUCCCUUCAUCGUUUGGUUUUGGGGUCGUCCGAUGUGCAAAACGAAUGCAUUAUUGUGUCGCUGUAUGCAUCAUUAUAAUUUUUCCUUUUUUUUUCACUUUCUCAAAUGCAUCCCCAUUUUCUUUAAUUCAUUACUUUUCUUUAAACAAAAUGAAUACAACAACAACAAAAAAAACAGCUAAAGCCUCUAGCGAACAACCCCUCCCCCCGCACGGGAAAGGAUUCGGAUUACAACCUACAACACACACAGUAGGAAGAAAAGGCGUUCUUCUGCGAGAUCGUAUUUCUGGAACGCGCACAGUAAGAACGAGCGACGCUUGUCGUAAAGGAAAAUUAGAAUUUCACUUGAGCCUAGGGCCAGAAGGACAACAACACGAAUUCGGCAAAACGAAAUGUUCUAACAAAUCAACCAUAUGUAAAAGAAAUAUAAGUAAUCCAUAUUUAGAGGACAAGCGCGCGACAAAUGGUUUUUUUUUUCUCUAAUCUCCCUCUCGUCCUUCGCUCCUGCCUUCCUUCACCUUCACCUCCUUUCUUGUCUUGCUUGCAUUCACUCUCUUAUACGCUCUGGAGAAAGACUGCUUUGGUUGGGAAGAACGAGUAUAAGGACUAACCGUUAGCGCCAAAUGAUGAUAGACAAACCGUGUUUCGGUUGUAGAUGCAUACAUCUUAAGUUGCGUAAUGUUCGGCAUUAAUUAUAACAACUGAUAGACGCCUUCUCUUCAACUACGUUUGUUUUUCCCUACCCCUUGCAAUACAUUGUUUGAUGUGUGUGGUGGCGAACCGUUUACUGUGGGACAGCAACUAGUUGGUGGCGGGUUUGUUGCGGGUGGUGUCACAUCUCUCUACACCUUCCCGCAACCUUCCUUUAACGCUAUAUACCGAAACACCCCCCCUACCCCCCCCACCAAUCCUGAACUGCUCCUCACAAUUCCUUGCCCCUCCGCCAAAUGGGGUGGUUUCCUGCACUGAAAGAGGGGUUUGUGCGUGCCGUGUGUGUGUGAGUGUGAGUGUGUUGCAGUAGAUUAAAAGUAAGCAAGCCGGACGCAUUAUAUUAGGCGCUAAAACAAAAAUCAUAUAAGGGAAGGAAGAAAAAAAAGAAAAACAUACAAAACAUCCAACAUAAUUAAACACAACCAAGCAAACACGACAAGUACAGUUUAAGAUUAAGAAGCAAA